CCUUCUGCUCCACUCCAGGCUACUACUCUCUUUGUGUAUAAAAGUUCCCCUUGGAACUUGACUCUCUCCAUUACUCCAUGCCCAGCUCCGCCUUGUACAAGCCUUGGUGAGCCUCAAGCCUGAAGUUCAGAGUCCAGCCAUGCCAGUCUACGCUGCCCAGGUUCUCGCUGCUGCCAUCCUGCUGGUGCAGGUCAUCGCUCUACCCCAGGAUGGACCAUCUGCAGCAAGAAAUAUGACCGCAUGUCUUCUUCCCAUGGACGAUGGUCCCUGCAAAGCCCUGCUGCCGCACUAUUAUUACGACCGAUACACCCAGACGUGCCAGGAGUUUCUCUACGGAGGCUGCGGUGGAAACGACAACAAUUUCGAGACGUUGGAGGACUGUGAAAAGAUGUGCUGGAAGAUCAAAAAUGAUUCGAUGAUUUAUGUUUCUGAAAAAAGCUUUCAGUCGACUGUCGAGAACUUACGGAAAGUGGAGGAGUUGGAAGUCCCCAAAAUUUGCAGGAUGGAGCUAGAGCCGGGCCGGUGCCGAGCCUAUCUGAAGCGCUUCGCUUUCAACCUAAAGACCAUGAAGUGCGAAAAGUUUAUUUAUAGCGGCUGCUAUGGAAACGACAAUAAUUUUAGGGAUGAAGCGUCUUGUCUGGAGACCUGCGCCCCCAAAAGAAAUGCUCCCAGCUUCUGCUAUAGCCCCAAGGAAGAGGGAUCAUGUUCUGCUUCUGUAUCCCGCUAUUAUUUCAACAUUGAAUCCAAAGCCUGUGAAGAGUUUACCUACACUGGCUGUGGAGGAAACUCCAACAACUUUGUCAGAAUCGAAGAUUGUAAUAACGUGUGUAAGAAAGGAAAUAAAAAGCCAAGGAAUAGGAAUCGUAUUCGCAAGAUGAAGCCGCAGUCUUGAGUGGUGAAUGUCGAAGAUAACGCUCUUAUAAGGGUCACAUUAAUGCACUUUCUGUCUUUCUUGGGACAACUGCGAUUCGGCCGGCGGAGAAGAGCUCGCCAAUUGUUGCAAUGUAUCUAAAAUCGGAAUAUUGUACUUCCAGUUAACUAAGCAGUAACGUAAUUUUGCUUAAAAGAAAAAAAAAAUCUUUCAUAAAUUUGUGUGAAUUUUAAGUUAGCUAAACGGGCCUACAUCUGGCUCCAGGGAACACUGUGAAUUGAAGGCCAAGCGGAACUUUUUGAACAAUGUGAACUUUCUCCUUGGCUGUACAAACUGUUCCACUUACAGACGGGGCGGUACAGACCUCCAGGAUUCUAAACAAGCCACGUAAAUUUUGUUGCCAAAAUUACAAAAGAAAUCCAAAAAGUCUCUGGAAGAUGAAAUUUACAAAAAUUCCAAAAAAGGCUCUAGAUUUACCAUAAUGCUCCUUCUAGUUCUAACAAAGUCUGGAUGGACUGAAAGGGGAAAUCUACAUCCAAGUCUCUUUUGAAUUAAGGUUUAGGACCAACCCUGUGACUAUGAGCUCAGGGGUUUAUUAUAUACUCUCAAAAAUGUCUUUUUUUUUUUUUUUUUUUUAUAAUAAUUUGUAUAUAGCUGUAUGUAUGUAUGUAAGGCAAUGCUUCCCUUUUUUUUUUUUUUUUUUUA